UACGCGGGCCCGGGUGGUCCGACACGGACAGGCAAUCGCCAGACUUACCCCCGCGCGUUCCCAGUCUUUGCAGACUCCUCAAUUAAAGCUCCAAGACCUACCUGAUAAGAUUCUUUUCUACCCAGAAAAACCAGAGAAUGUCUUAGAUUCCAAUGCACCAAGAAUCCUAACAAUAUAUAUAAUUUAAAGUAAGACAUGAAAAUGGCGUGGAAAGCUCUCUUCUUCGUCUUUUUCUUCAUCCCUUACAUAGUUUAUUUAGGCGGAGCACAGGAUUAUGACGACGAAGAAAAACCAGCGGCCCCUCCACCUGGACAAGAAAAGUGCAACGGGAUCUUCCUAUCAUAUGUGUUCAUAUCCCGAGAGAAAGAGUACCCUCGUGUAAAGAACGUAACAGCACAAGCCUGGGCUUUUAAGUCCAUUGCGACGGUGUUGAACGCCGGAACCGAAGAGCUCAAAGCAUGGAAAAUAUUUAUUGGGUUUCAACAUGAUGAGAUCUUAGUUUCAGUUAGUGGUGCCAUUAUAGUGGAUGGUGAUGAUUUCCCUGCUGCAGUUGGUAACGGGACGUAUCUAUCAGGCAAUCCGCAGGUGGAUUUGAAGACAUCGAUCGAUACAGCUGGGGAUAUAAACCAAAUUCAAGCGGAGAUUGAGAUGACUGGAACGCAGUUUGGGGUGAAGCCACCUGGGAUUCCAAUGCCCAAGACUAUACAACUUGCCAACGAUGGAUACAAAUGUCCAGCACCGACUCGACAUGGGAGCUUAAUGCAUGCAUGUUGUGUCAGGAACCCAAAAUUCAAGGCAAAAAAACCCAAAAAGAUAACCAAGUUCUUGCCUCGCCAGAAUGGUGAUCUGUCUCUUAUGUAUGAUGUUCUCCAAGCCUAUCCAGCAAACUACUUUGCUCAGGUAACUAUUGAUAAUAACAACCCUCUUGGACGUCUUGAUCACUGGAACCUGACUUGGGAGUGGACGAGGGGGGAGUUCAUAUACUCAAUGAAAGGAGCAUAUACUCAUAGAAAAGAUAGUGCAUCAUGCCUUUAUGGUCCUUCUGGAAACUAUUACCAGGACUUUGACUUCAGCCCUGUGAUGAACUGUGAAAAGAAACCAAUCAUAACAGACCUCCCUCCAGAUAGAGAAAAGGAUGAGAAAAUUGGAAAUAUCCCAUACUGCUGUAGAAAUGGCUCCCUCUUACCAACCACCAUGGAUGAGACCAAAUCUAGGGCCAUUUUCCAAUUGCAAGUCUUUAAGAUUCCUCCUGAUAUUAACCGUACUGCUAUUAGUCCUCCCCAAAAAUGGAAAAUUAAUGGAGUUCUCAAUCCAGAUUACAAAUGUGGCCCUCCGAUUAGAGUAGACCCUACAGAAUUUCCAGACCCAAGCGGGCUUCAGCAAACAAGUUCAGCUAUUGCAAGCUGGCAAGUAGUCUGCAACAUCACCCAGCCAAAUAACAAGAUCUCCCACUGCUGUGUUUCAUUCUCAGCUUUCUACAAUGAUUCUGUCAUCCCUUGCAACACUUGUGCAUGUGGCUGUGAUGACACAGACACUUGCAAUCCAGACGCACCACCAUUGCUUCUCCCGCCAGAGGCUCUACUUGUUCCUUUUGCCAAUAGAACAGCAAAAGCCAGAGCUUGGGCUUCUAUUAAACAGUUUCACAUCCCCAAGCUAUUACCAUGUCCCGACAAUUGUGGGGUUAGCAUCAACUGGCACAUCAACUCUGACUACAGGGGUGGAUGGACUUCUAGGAUCACUCUCUUCAAUUGGGAAGAUUUCGACUUUGAAAAUUGGUUUACAGCAAUUCAAUUUGGCAAAGCUUAUCGUGGUUACGAAAAUGUGUACUCAUUCAAUGGAACCAAGCUUCCAGAACUCAACAACACUAUCUUCUUUCAAGGGUUACCAGGAUUGAAUUAUCUGAUUGCAGAGAAAAAUGGAACACAUGAGUACAGUCCACGGGUACCCGGUAAACAACAAUCUGUAAUUUCAUUUACAAAGAAAGAGACGCCUGGAAUAAACAUAGCCAAUGGAGAUGGGUUUCCUAAAAAGGUGUUUUUCAAUGGGGAGGAAUGUUCACUUCCUACCGUAUUCCCUAUUAAGGGAGAAGGACAUCAUUCUCAUGCCAACCUUCCACCUGUAACUUUCCUUACCUUGAUGGCAUAUGUGCUGAUGACGGGUCCCCUCCACUGAUUAUCAUCAUCCAGGCUUCUGUUAUUGCUUCUGCUCUUAAUUAUUUGGUUUUGUUCCUGCGGUGAUAACUCAACCCAACAUGAAAAAUUAGAGUCCUUACUUUGUAAGGAAUUAGCUUUUAGUCAGAAUUUCAAUGUUCAGAGUUUAGUUACAGAAUCUCCUUCCACAAAGAAGCAGCAACUUUCUUUUUAUCAAGUGGAGGACCUUCCGUCUCUAAAUAUUGGAAAGGUGAGCUCUGAACAAAAGAAAAACAACCAUGCAACCAUGACAAAUGUUGGGUACCAAAACUGGUUUCUACGAUAAGUUGAUUGCCUGAUGCACGCAGAAUAGGAUCUAGGAAAUAUGGUAGUUUGUAUGUACCAAAUUAAGAGUUAUAUAUACAAAUGAAAAUGGGUUUGUUUCU